ACAUUGAGCUGCGGGACAGGCAUAUGGAUGUUUACGACACUGAACCAUUACUUCCUUCAACGCCCACCCAGAGGACAUUUGACUAUGUACUGGUAGCCCACAAGGUGAAUGAUGACACAGACCAGAAGGCUCAGAGACAGAAAGCCUUCAUCCAGCAGCUACAAAAGAAAAAUAUCACGAUCACUAGGAUCAUCCAUGAUGACAAAGUGUUUUUUGGCCUCCGUGCUCCAUGUGAGAUGUUUGAAGACUACCAGUACCUGCUUAAAGUCUCCGACUCCUGCAACUGGUGUGGAGAUGAGAGGGGCGAUGUCACCCAGGCUACCAGGUAACACACACAUAUUAUAGUUCCUGGAAACU